GGAAUUCUGAAUCAUCGAUGGAAAGAGAGAGAGGGUGGGGGGAGAGAGAGGUGACUGUAGAGUGAUGGGACCCGGCUGAGGGAACAGCAGCGAGUGAUCACUCUCCGAGCUGGUAAUGACAGCAGGUAGACAGGUGUGAAGGAUGACUUCUUGCUCAGAGAUCUGUGGGUCGGAGUAUGGUGAGCAAGCCCAAGCCAGCGGAAACUGCCAACAGUAUGGAGUCCGGUCUUACCUACACCAGUUUUACGAGGAGUGCACAGCUUCUAUCUGGGAACGUGAUGAAGAUUUUCAGAUUCAGAGAUCGCCUAGCAGGUGGAGCUCUUUACUCUGGAAGGUCUGUCUCGCGUUCGGCUCCCUGAUCUUGUUUGCGGGCCUUAUUGUUGUUUUGGUCGGAUAUGCCACUCCAACUAGGACCGAGGCAUUUGGAGAGGAUGACCUCCUUUUCCACGCCGUCAGUUUUAACCACGCUCUGGAUGUUUGUAAGCUGACCGGUGCCGUGUUGUUCUGCGUUGGAGGAACCUCCAUGGCUGUGGGUCUCCUGCUAUCUGCCUUUGCCAAAAGCUACUCCAAAGAAGAACUGUACCUGCAGCAGAAGUUCAAAGAGAGGUUGGCAGAUCUGCACGCGACAGUUGGUACCCCCAUCAUGAAACCACAGACCCCUGGAGAGGGAAGGGUGCCAGUCACGCUUUCCAAAGUCCAGAACAUCCAGCCAGCGAAAACAAAGUCGGAGACCUGACAGAAGACCACAUGAAGGCAUAAAGUGAAGAAGUGCGUGUGAUGACUGUGUGUGUGUGUGUGUGUGUGUGUGUGUGUGUGUGUGAGUAGAACUAUGCGUGCAUUUUCUCUUUUCAAAGGUCAGCUUACAUGACUGAUAGUAUUUGCUCUUCAUCUGUAUUUGCUAUGUUUGACAUUAGAGCUUGAUUGAAGGUUAUAUAGGAGCAGAGUUUAGUGUAGCUGAGCAAAGUUUAAGCCUUUUGUUUUUUCGACAGCAGUUAUAUAAAAUUCACAGUGAUCUGACAAAGCACAUGCAGGUCUCGGGCCCUACCCAGAAAAUAAACCACAGAAAGAAAUCAAUAGAACACAGCCACUGAACAACAACAACAUCAUUUCUUCCACCAAGCAUGUUUCUGUGGAGAGGAUUCACAUUUUUGUGAAAGAGAAUGGUGUUACUGCUGGAGGGUAUCGAGCAGCAGCUGCUGCGUUGUUUGAAGUAUUUUGUGAUCGGACCCCCAUUACAAGAAAAUGAUCAAAAGAAGCCCUCAACACAACAACCAUUAUCUCUGCCAGUGUCUAAAAGGACAUGAGGGAGCUUUUCUGAGUUAACAUGCUUUGUGUGUACAUGUACACAUGCUGUUUAUGCAGCAUAACUUCAUUACCACAGUUAGUAAGAGCUGUCAAUCACAAACACACAAUAUGAGGAUAUGUGCUUCAGCUGAAUACUUAUUUAAAGUUAUGUUUGUGUGCAAAUCGAGCCAAGUCUUAAGAGAUAAUUUGACAGAAGUUCACACAUCAGCAGAGCAGACAAGAGAUCAACACAGAUUGGAACAGACCUCCAAGGCAGAUUUCAAGCCGCCUUUUUCUGUCUUAUUAGGCCUCUGACCUUGUCUCCUUCAGUGGAUCUUCAGAGAGGAUCGAUAGGCGAGACAAGAAAGACUGAUGAAAGGUGAACCAGACGGAAGAUGCAGAACUACAUAGUCUGUCACUUAAAAAUACUAUAUCAGAUUGAAUAUGUCUUUCCAGAUAACCAAGAUUAAAGGUAUACUGACCAAUUUGAAGUAUACUUCCUUAUUAAUGUACUAAAAGUGUGCUAUUUUCAAUACUAACAAUGUUCUUACUAUGCUAAUUGUAUAUAAUUAUUGUUAGCAAAUAUAAACUUAAACACAAUCAAGUGUUGUAUCUAUGAAAUUACUUUACAGAAUUAUUAAAAUGUUUGCAAUUAUGUAUAUAUUUAUCCAAAUGCUGUUUGAUUAUAGAACAGUCAAGUACUUUCAAGUAUAUAUUUAUAAGUUCUAGAGGUAAAACAAUAAGUAUACUAAGCACAUUGUAAGUACAUCAAACAGCACAUUGUUCUUGUGUAUAUUGACGGAGACUAAGUAUUUUUAAAUGAGAAGUACCUAAUAUUCUUUAAACUUGGUUUUUCAAAUAAUAAUAUACCUUCUAUCUUUGAUUUGUUCCUAAACACUUCAUUACCCAUGCUCCUCCUUGUUUCCUUCCCUCACUGUAACAAACACAAGCAUAGACACAUGCCUAUCCAUCCAAGCGUGCACAAACGUGCAGGGAGAGGUCAAUUUGGCAAAUAAAAAAAGAAGACGCAGGUGGUGGGUCUAAAAAUGAAGACAAAGCAAGGGCGCACCAAGCGAGACAAACAACGUGACAGAUUAUGUAAGAUAACGAAGAGAGCGAGAGAGAGAGAGAGAGAGAGAGAGCACGCAGCUCUCCAGUGAGUCACAUCAGCUACUUUGUAUUACAGCCUGUCUAGAUUCACAGAUGCUCUCCACACAAUAACUGCCUUCCUGCUCUCACACACAAAACUUGAAGCUACAUCAUGAAGUAUGCUGAACAGCACCCACUACAUGUGUCUCAUGGUUGCAUAUUCAGUUGGGUACUAUCUUAGAAACAGAAGUUAAAUUAAAAAGGUUUAUAUAUUUUAUUUUUGAAUUCUAUAAAAACUCUGCUCUCACACACGCUGUGACUUUAACUAACAAGCACAAUAACCUGCUGAUGUUCAUGCUUUUUUGAACUUUGUGUAUUUUAAAUAUAUUUUUAAAUAUUGUGACCAUGCCAUUUUAAAUUGUUCAAUUUGUGGUUGCUCCUUGUUUGUUGGUUGUGCAUCCAAUGCACAGAUACAAGUUGUGCGGUCAAAAUGCAGCAUUUAUUUUGUACUGUUAGAAAACAUGUUUUGUGGUAGAGACAGUCCAAGUGCCAUCACGCUACACGCCUCAUUCUGUGCUUCAACGCUGCAGGGCUUUCCAAACUCUUCAGAAUGAUGCAGCAACAAUGCCAGAACCACCCUGUAUAAAGUAAUAUAUGUUUAUUCAUAGACAUAUAUAAUAGAAGCUUUAGCAGCCAUUGCUCUGCUGGCUACCUAUGUUCAUGUAAAUUGACCUUUUAAUAUCCCACAACCUUCAUUCCAUUAUUUGAUGACAUUUUAAAAUAUUUUGGUCUCAGAAACUACAGACGUGUAGCUAUAACUAUGAAUACAGAUAUACUUAUAAGUUAGACAUGUGGAAGGAAUAUUACGCAACCACUGUUAAUCUGCAAAUACAGUACAAGAAGAAAAAACAAUCUCUUAAAAACAAACGUUCAGUGUGGUCAGAGCGUUAUGAAGUGGUCAAUUAAUGUUCUGACUUGUAGUUCCAUGCUGUCAAUUGUGAGUUUAUUUUGUAUUCUUAUCUGGACCAACGUUGAGUUCUGCAUUACAAUCCCAACAUCUGCAAUGGAUAUUUUUCUGCUCUGAUUUCCCAGUUAUAGUGUCUCCUGAUGUACCGUGGAUUCUCCCAGUAAAUAAUACAAAUAAAAGAGUAUAGGCUACUGUACCUAUCGGAGGUUGGAUUGGAAAAGAACAAAUAUAUAAAGAUAUCGAUGUCUAUAUACCGUAUGUCUAUUUUUCAAAGAACAUAAUAAAGUUGAAAUAUCCACUGCUCAUAA